UCCUUCCGUUCCUGCAUUUCCAACAUUUUGAAGUCAAACCCUUUUCAUCAAGCUCCUUCCUCUCUCCAUACUCCGGCCAUAUUCAAUGCCGUUUUCAUCAGGCGAGACAGUUCCGCCGUUGGAAGUCACAGGCCAUGCUUGAACAAUCUUUCUGGUGACCGGAUCGAUCGGUUUUUUGCCCUUUCGGAUCUGGAAAAUCAGGAAAAGUUUGUGAAUUUGACCUGGCCCUCCAGGAAUUCUAAGCAAGGGCAGGAUUUGGAUCAUGGUGGAGUGAUUGGAUCAUGUAGAACUUGAUAUGGAAAACUUGUUAGAGGUGAGGUGAUCUUGGGUCAUGAAUCUGAUGUUCCAAUGGAGUGGUGGCUCAUGCUUAGCGUAAGAGGAUGAUGGAGAGGUUGGGCACUUGGGGCCUGCGGUUGGUCAAUCUUGCUGCCUUCUGCUUUCUCAUACUUGUUCAAUCAAGUUCUGCCCAAGACGGUUUUGUGAGCUUAAGCUGCUGUGCGCAACAAAACUCGACGACGGACACGAACGGGAUCGUUUGGACGACUGACGACCUUUACUUCCCAGACAGGCAAACAUGCCACGAAAUAUCUAGGCCGGUGGAGAACAGCGAGGGCAAUUCUAUCCGGACCUUCGACAUAGGAGACCCGGGGAAGGUUUGCUACAGCUUAACGACCAAGCUUGAUCAGGACUACCUUGUAAGGGGCAAUUUUUCCUAUGGAGACUCGUUGGCGCCGUCUUCGUUCGAUAUCUUGAUCGGGGUCACCCCGAUUGCUCAGGUGAGCUCGGCAUCGAGCUCAGGGAACGAGUCAGCGGUGGAGGGAAUUUUCCGGGCACGGAAUGACCAUGUGGACUUUUGCUUGUUGAAAACGGAAGGUGAUCCAUACAUUUCACAGCUUGAGCUGAGGCCUUUGGACAGUGAUUCAGAUUAUUACUUGAAUGGAGAUUCAGGUAUCGUCCUGAAGUUGAUAAAGAGGGUGAACCUGGGGAGUACUGGAGAAGACAUCAGGUACCCCGAUGAUCCAAGUGACAGAAUCUGGAAAUCAGAAGCAGGAGCGAUUGGUGAAAUCAUCCAUGGCACCACAAAUUUCAACACCACAAGAGUACCCAUCAAAGUCCUUCAGACAGCAAUGGCCAGUUCAGACCGAUUGGUUCUUCUGAGCAGUGGCCUUGAAACACAACAAUACAACUACACAAUCUUCCUCUACUUUCUGGAGCUCAACAGCAGCGCUCGGGCUGGGGAAAGAGUGUUCGACAUAUACGUCAACAGUGAGAAGACAUGGGAUGGGUUUGACAUACAGGGUAAAGGGUCUACCUACCGUGAAGUUGCCCUGAAUGUGACGGCAAGGGGGUCUUUAAACUUGACACUGGUUAAGGUCUCCAAUGAGUCUGUCGUAUUCGGACCCAUUUGCAAUGCCUAUGAGAUACUGCAAGUGUACUCAUGGUCCCAAGAAAGUGCGCAAGGAGAUGUGGAUGUGAUGAUGAAUGUGAAAACGGAGCUUUGGCGGAGUAAUAGUGAGAGUAAGGUUUUGUCGACUUGGUGGGGUGACCCAUGCCUUCCGAUUCCAUGGCAAGGCCUGGUUUGUGACAACAUUAGCGGCUCCUCGGUUGUGACCAAGAUACAUCUUUCUUGGAAACAUCUUAGCGGCUUGAUUCCUCCCAGCAUUACCACGCUAGUGCACUUGAAUGAAGUGAAUCUUAGCUACAAUCUUUUUACUGGCCAAAUUCCAUCAUUUCUAGCAUCCUCCUCGUUGAGAUCACUAGACGUACGUGGAAAUGACCUCACGGCUCCGAUUCCAGAAUCCCUCUUUUCGCAGCCAAAUUUGACAACAUUAUAUUUCGGCUGCAAUCCACAUUUAAUCAAAGCUUCUCCAGCUAGCCUCAACGACUUGAAACUGACCACAGAUUAUGGAAUAUGCACAGGCGUGGAAUCAUCUAAAUCCAAAAGGGAACUUGUCAUCGUUGCAGCUGCAAUUGGAUCUGUCCUUAUUAUAGCUUUGGGGAUCCUUAUCUUUUGCCUUUACAGACGAAAGUUUGCAUUCAAGAGAUAUGAUAUGAAGGGAUACAUAAUAAAGAAAAAUGCUGUGUCCUCAAUACCCAGCAAAGAGGAUUUGGUGUUGAAAUCCAUAUGCAUUCAGACAUUUACUUUGCAGUGCAUAGAGGCCGCUACCCAGAAAUAUAAGACUCUUAUAGGUGAAGGGGGCUUUGGAUCUGUGUUCCGUGGUACUCUGUAUGAUGGUCAAGAAGUUGCAGUAAAGGUUAGAUCGGCCACCUCAACUCAAGGAACUCGCGAGUUUGAGAAUGAGCUAAACCUUCUUUCGGCGAUUAGACAUGAAAAUUUGGUCCCUCUGCUCGGUUUUUGUUGCGAGAAUGACCAGCAAAUCCUCGUCUAUCCUUUCAUGUCCAAUGGCUCUCUGCAAGAUCGCCUUUACGGUGAGGCCUCAAAGAGAAAGAUCUUGGAUUGGCCAACCCGACUUUCUAUUGCUCUUGGAGCUGCAAGGGGUUUGACGCAUCUCCACACUUUCGCCGGGCGUUGCGUCAUCCACAGGGAUGUCAAAUCGAGCAAUAUACUCCUGGAUCAAAGCAUGAAUGCCAAGGUUGCAGAUUUUGGCUUCUCCAAGUAUGCACCGCAAGAAGGGGAUAGCGGUGCUUCUCUUGAAGAGGGGACUGCGGGGUACCUAGAUCCAGAGUACUAUUCAACCCAGCAUUUAUCAGCAAAAAGUGAUGUCUUCAGCUUUGGUGUGGUUCUACUCGAAAUCGUAAGUGGUCGAGAGCCUCUAAACAUACACAGGCCGCGCAACGAAUGGAGCUUGGUUGAAUGGGCCAAACCUUACAUAAGGGAACAAAAGAUUGAGGAAAUUGUGGAUCCAAACUUAAAGGGAAUGUACCAUGCAGAGGCAAUGUGGCGGGUGGUGGAAGUGGCGCUGGCCUGCAUUGAGAACUACUCGGAUUACAGGCCGAGCAUGGCCAACAUUGUGCGAGAGCUUGAGGAUGCUCUGAUCAUAGAGAACAAUGCCUCCGAAUACAUGAAGUCCAUCGACAGCUUCGGCGGAUCCAACCGAUUCUCAAUCAUCAUAGAGAAAAAGGCUGUUCUCUUCCCCACCCAGGAGCAAGCGGCAGAAGUGUCGCCUCUUAGUUCACAACCCUUGGCUCCUCCAGAACCUAGAUAGAAAUUUCGUAGCUGCUUAAAAUUCAUUCACAACCAUGUAGAAGAGAAGCAGAUGAAAACUGAAGGGUAUGUCUCUCCAUAUUCAUGUGCAGGGGAGAGUAUUCAACCGACUCUCUUAAAGUCUAAGAAAGUUCACUUCAAGUACUUUGUCAUGGAUUAAUUCCAUUGCUUGUCAGUCUUUUGGUAUAGCAAUGAAGAAUUUUUGCUGGAA